UGUCCCUGACUUCAGACCCUACCAGCCUUUUACGGGAGGUUGUCCUAGUGUCAGCCUCAGAUCUUGGAGACUUUCUGCACUGCCGUUGCUUCUCCAAGGCCUCUGCUGACAGAGAGGUGGCCUCCAGCUUCCAUGAAGGGCAGCGGGCCAGGCCUUCUCUGUGCCUGCUGGUGGACAGGUCAGGAGUGUCAGCUUUUUGCAGACAGGACCUUGGGAUCCUUUGCAAAUGGUGAAGGUAACCCAGCUUUGGGGGGACUGCCAGUGUCUGUUCAUCCCUGAGGCAGCCUGUGGCCACCAGAGGUGCAAAGACUCUGGGAGAGGCUCUAGAGGCUGAAGGCUGAGGGGUGUAGCAGAUGUGUUGGGUGCUUCCCCAGUCUGCCAAGUUCUUCCUAAGACCCACAGGGAAGAGACUGGCCAGGCCCACACUGAAUUUCUCAGAGCAUCUCUUGGGGAUACCCAAGACCUUACUCAGCAUCUGAGUCUGUCCUGAGCAGGCAUAGCAGCAGGUGGGUAAGAUGGGCCCCUUUUGAUUGUGCCUACUUGAAGCUGCUUUCCUUUCUGUUUUUGGGGGUGCUUGCUUUUGGCCAGCUCAAGCUUUGAGAGGCAAAAAGAGAUGGAGUAUGGUAUAUGGGUAGUCAGAAAGCAGGGGGACACAGAAGACCUGGGGUCACAGCAGCUCUGUCCAUGGGCAUGGGUGUGCAAGGACUAAUAGUUGCCGUGCAAGCCCCCAUGGGCCUCCUGAACUGGGCACCUGUGGGUUAGUGGUGAUCCUGACAUGGGUUUAUGUAAUCGUUUCAAUAAUGGUGGUAAUAAUAUCAUUUUAAAAUUUCUGUGUGGUGUUUCACUGUAUGGCUAUGCUGGGGCCUAUUAGCAGUGCCUUCUUGAUGGAUGCUUUGCUGCCCCAUUUUUUGCUGUUGAUGCUAUUUUAAAUGACGUUGCUGCAGUGAAUAUCCUUGCAUAUCCUUCUUUCUAUACAAGUGCAAAUUUUUCUCUAGGAUAGCUACCCAGAUGCAGAAUUGCUGGGUUGGAGGGAAUUUGUGUUAAUGAUCGAUUUUAGAAGCAGGCUGACUCUUCCCCCAUAGAACUGUGCCAGGGCUCCCACAGCCUCCUCACUGGACUCCCUGUAACCUGUCUGGUCCCCACAGCCCUCCAGGGCCUAAUCUUUUGGAGCUCCUGCAGCUCUGGGACCCCAGCAUGCCUUUCCGCAGUGACUUUGUUUUAUAUGUGGCGGCGUGAAAGGCUUUAUCCUGGAGGCCAAGUAGGCUGAGGCAAGAUGAAAGGAAUCUAUGUUUGUGAGGGGCCUGGACUCUGCAGCUGGAACAAAGCUGCCCUCUGUGCUGAGUGUGUCGGAUAGAAGUGCACGGCGCUCUCGCUUGCAGCCUGGAGCCAGGUAGAUCUGCCACGGAUGAGGAGGCUUGGUCCCUGAGUUCACUCAGUGAUCUGGGGUCUUUUUGGAGUGCUGCUCCUUACCCCUCAAUGCUGGCUGGUCCAGCAUUUGGGGAGAGCAGAGUGGAGAGCACCCGGUGCUCUCCAGAUCAGUGGAGAAGAACACCUACCCUUAGAGUGAGGCCAUGUCCUCUCUAGGGUAAGUAUGUGCCAGCUAAAACUGCCACCAUGGGGGAGACUUGAGGAGGCUAUUAUCUGCUACCGAGGAGAACGCCUUGAGUCAGCCUGCUUCUCACUGUGCUCCCAGUGCCUUGCACUGAGUUGGUGCUCAGAUGUCUAUAGAAUAAAUAAUAGAGAACAACGUACAUAGGCAGAUGAAGGCAUAGAGGGAGGUGAGCGCCUCUCUGGGCCCCACAGUAAUUGCCUUUCCUUUCUCUCUAGCCUGUGCACACCUUGGGGCUGACCGGAGGCUGCUCUGAGUGGGAGGAGCGGUGCUGGCCUCCCUCCAGGCCAACGCACCAUGGCCAGCGUUGUGCGGGUCUCCUUGACUGCUCUCCUCCUGCUGCCUGUGGCUACCGCCAUGCAUUCUGACUGCCUCUUCAAGAAGGAGCAGGCUGUGUGCCUGCAGAAGAUCCAGAGGGCGAAUGACCUGCUGGGCUUGAAUGACUCCUCCCCAGGCUGCCCUGGAAUGUGGGACAACAUCACGUGUUGGAAGCCUGCCCAAGUGGGUGAGAUGGUCCUCGUCAGCUGCCCAGACAUCUUCCAAAUCUUCAAUCCGGACCAAGUCUGGGAGACCGGAACCCUCGGAGAUUUUGAUGAUUUCAUUGAAAGUAAUUCCUUGGCCCUUUCAGACAGGAGGGUGGUGAGCCGGAACUGCACGGAAUAUGGUUGGUCGGAGCCAUUCCCUCAUUACUUUGAUGCUUGUGGGUUUGAGGAAUAUGAGUCGGAGCCAGGGGACCAGGAUUUCUACUACCUGUCGGUGAAGGCUCUCUACACAGUCGGCUACAGCACGUCCCUGGUCACCCUCACUACUGCCAUGGUCAUCCUGUGUCGCUUCCGGAAGCUGCACUGUACCCGCAACUUUAUCCACAUGAAUUUGUUCAUAUCGUUCAUGCUGAGGGCCAUCUCUGUCUUCAUCAAGGACUGGAUCCUCUAUGCAGAGCAGGACAGUAACCACUGCUCCAUCUCCACCGUGGAAUGCAAGGCAGUGAUGGUUUUCUUCCACUACUGCGUGGUCUCCAACUACUUCUGGCUGUUCAUCGAAGGCCUGUACCUUUUCACCCUACUGGUGGAAACCUUCUUCCCUGAGAGGACAUACUUCUACUGGUACACCAUUAUUGGCUGGGGGACACCAACUGUGUGUGUCACGGUGUGGGCUGUGCUGCGUCUCUACUGUGAUGACACAGGAUGCUGGGAUAUGAAUGACAACACAGCUCUGUGGUGGGUGAUCAAAGGCCCUGUGGUUGGUUCUAUAAUGGUUAACUUUGUGCUGUUUAUCGGCAUCAUUGUCAUCCUUGUGCAGAAACUUCAGUCCCCAGACAUGGGCGGCAACGAGUCCAGCAUUUACUUAACAAAUUUAAACCUGGGAGUCCCCAAGAAAGCCCGAGAGGACCCCCUGCCUGUGCCCUCAGACCAGCAUUCACUCCCUUUCCUCAGCUGCGUGCAGAAAUGCUACUGCAAGCCACAGCGGGCUCAGCAGCACUCUUGCAAGAUGUCAGAACUGUCCACCAUUACUCUACGGCUAGCUCGGUCCACUCUGCUGCUCAUCCCGCUAUUUGGAAUCCACUACACGGUAUUCGCCUUCUCCCCGGAGAACGUCAGCAAGAGAGAGAGACUCGUGUUUGAACUGGGGCUGGGCUCCUUCCAGGGCUUUGUGGUGGCUGUUCUCUACUGCUUUCUGAAUGGGGAGGUACAGGCGGAGAUCAAGCGUAAGUGGCGGAGCUGGAAGGUGAACCGCUACUUCGCUGUGGACUUCAAGCACCGACACCCGUCCCUGGCCAGCAGUGGGGUGAAUGGAGGCACCCAGCUCUCCAUCCUGAGCAAGAGCAGCUCCCAGAUCCGCAUGUCCGGCCUCCCGGCUGACAAUCUGGCCACCUGAGCGCCCUCCCCUUUCCUCUCCUCUGUACACAGGCUGGGGCUGUGCCAGGCGGGUGCCAGCCCACGCAUGCUGUGCUCUUCUCUCCCCUCGGGCAGGCCCUGGGCUGGAAGCUGGGCUCCCUGAGGGGGGAGGAGGAUGCAGGAAGCAGGCGGGUAUUUCUCUUUCCCAUUUUGGCGCUGUUACCCACCCACCAUGGGCCAUGGGGCCCUGACCCCAGACGUGUAAAUAUUCCUCAAAUUUGGAAACUUUUCCCCAUCCCUAUUCCCUGGCCUCCUCUGGCAGCUCCCCAGCUCCACCUCACCCUGUCUCACCAGCCUUGGUGACCACCUGAACACAUGUGUGAGGCCUUGGGAGCUGAGACUAAAGACCUUGCUUUGAGGGUGCUGGGGUGUGGCCUGCCUGACAGCCCCCCUCAGUGUAUGGCUCUGUCUGGAAUGAAUGAGUCUGUUUGCCAUCCUAGGCCCCUUCCCAGUCCCUGGGCCCAGUCCCUGACACCUGCCGGAGGUCCACUUGGGUGAACCAGAGUGUCCUCCACUGCAGGCUACACUCAAGGCUCCCUCAUGCUCACCUAACAUCUUGGUGUCUGGGUGCCCAGUUCCUGAAUAUGAGGCAGUGGGACAGCUCCAGGACUCUUCCAGUCAGACUUCAGUUUGGAUGUGGGGCUGAGGGUCAGGGAAGAGUCUCAUGCUUUUCAUUUGGCCCAAGAAAAAUUGCUAAGAGCCAGAAAUGUGGAUGUGAUUUGAGAAGAGAUGGAAGGAGUUUGGGGGCACCCAUGGAAGAAGAUCUUCACCAUCUCCCUAUUUUAUUCCUGUUCAAGUUGGGCUGGGGUCAUCCGGUAGCCUCCCUUCUAACCCCUACCCCCAGGCAUCAGCUGCCGAAGGUGAGAGACACAUGCCUUGGGGAACUGCUUGCCAACCCCUUACCACAUAGAGCCCCUAAGCCUUCUGCCUCCCCAGCUCCCCCUGAGUCAAAGCCAUGACUAGGAUGAACCAUCUGCCUUCCUGUGAUAUUAGUGAAUGCUGAAGCACCUCACAUCUCCAAGUGCCCAAGGUCAGGGCCACCUCCCCCAACCUCAUGGAUGAGGAACCCCAUCGCCAGCUCCUCUGACCUAGACUCUGCAAUUGAAAUCUCAGACUCUGCCAAGAUUUCCCUCUGUGUACCCUUGACGUUGAAUCACCACAGAUGCUGGGGUGUCAAAAGGGAAGCCACUGCUCCAGAACACCUUUCCUGGUUCCCCAGCCACACCUUACACGAUGAUCACAACUUCAGGAUUCCAAAUGGGCAGAGCCAGUUUGGGGGAAGCUGGAGGAAAGUGCUAGAGUGCCUGAGCAUGGGGCUGCUUCAUUCCAUGUUGACUCUCGGUAUUGUUCCCAUUCGAGUGUGUGUGCGCAGUUUUGUUUUGUGAUGAUCAUCUAGAAUACCUGGGCAGUUUGGGUGAAGAGGGAAGGUUUCUUAGCUUGAUUUUAUAAAGAGUAUGGGUUUGCAGGAUCCCAAAUCUGGAAAUGUUUCUGGAGAGGUCUUUGAAAUGACUGAAGAAGGCUACAGUUGCUUGGUUUAGGACUGAGCAAUGUGUCCUUGUCCAUCGCUGGCCCUGGGUCUUUGGCAAAGCCAAAAGUUGUUCCUUCCUUUCCCUGGCAUGUGGGGCCACUCUGGCUUACCAUGGAUGUGCAGUGACACUCCCUCCUGCCCCUGACCCUGUGAUUAUCCUCUCCCUGCCCUGGGAGCCCUGUGUCUUACCCAACCUGGUAUCCACCGACCCCUGGGGGUCAGACAUAGAAACUGCUCCCGUAGGGUUCAGACUGCUGAGACUGAGGACACAGUGCUCCCUGCUGUGGACCUCAGUUUCCUCACUGGUGGGAUGAGUCACUUCUACAUCUUCUCUAGGCUCUGUUCUCCAACAGUUCACCAGUUCAAAACUAAAAGGGCAGGUCCAAUUGUCAUGUGUGUCAUCUAAUGUUGACGUGUGUGUGUUUGUGUUUGUAGAGAUGGAAGGGGUAUGCUGUAUGGUCCCUUUCUUAGAAAUGAAACUUCUGUCUCUUCCAUUUGGAUGCCACAGUGGAUGCUGGUGGGCCAGAGGAAAGAAUGGGGCCAUGGGCAAUGGUUAGGUGCCUUGGGCAUGGUGGGCAGACUCAGCUGGGUCCCUGGCCAGGCAGGGGGCCAGAAAUGGAUGGGCAGUGGCCACCGUCAGGUCCCUAAGUAUGGACUCCAUUUCUCCCCACCCUCACCAGCAAUUUUGCCUCACUGAGGAAGAAGAAACUGACUUUUUACUCACAUUACAAAACUGCAAAAACAAAAUUAAGCCUCAGCUUCGUGCGCCAGGAUGCCUCCUGAGCCCUGGGCCCGUGUCUUCAUAGUGGUUCCUGGUUCUGCUAGUUUUGUUUUCUCUCUGAACACCUUGCCAGUCUUGGAAGCAGAUGUCUUUUGAGUAUCCCAAGAGGCCAGGCAGCUGGCCUUCAGGGUCACAGGCAGCAGGGGGCUCACAUGAGGUGCCGUAAAAGCCCUCUCUGAAGCUUGGUUUUCAGAUCUGUAGAAUGGCAGGUUAGAGCUCGGUGGCUCUGGUGGCCCCAGCGCUGCAGGCUUCCUGACUCCCCACCUUGCCUGAGGUCGGGUCACGUGCUCUGUCUCAGUGCACAGCCCCACCAGCCUACUUGACACAUGCAGGAGCCUGCCGGGAUUCCUUCUCCAGCUUCCACCCUUCCCCAACCCUGCUCCUUCCCUGGGGGAAUAGGGCAAGGGAGCUGCAGCUGGACCCAAGACUCGAUGCACCCACGUUCAUCAUCCGCCACCAAAGGCACUGACCCACCAAGUUGACCCCCAGAAGGAAAGCUAGAGGAGGCUGUCUUUGUAAUUCCACGUGUGCCCUCGGCUACUCACAAGCAUUCCAUAUGGAAUGGAGGACCUUGAGCCUUCCACCUUUGCCACUGACCUGCUCUUUGGCCUUCACCCCUUCUUCAUAUAUCUUUGGGGAGACUCCAAAGCUAGAGCUGGGUGGAAACUUGGAGAUCUGCAGAUCAAGCUUUCCCGUUGGGCUGAUGACACAGGGCUUAGUAGGAUGCCUGAACCAUGUUGGGAUCCAGUAUUAUUUUCAACCUGAAUGAAGAAAUGAGCAGGUGUGUGCCCAGCCCUGCAUGUGAGCUGGGCUAAGACCCUCAAUAAAACUGUACAGAAAACUUCAGUCUUGCCCAGGAGAGGACUCUGGCCGCAGACAAUUGGGACUCUGGACUGCAGGAGAAGCAAUGGAGUCUGUGUAGUGUGGGAAGACCUGAGUUCUGGCCCAGGCCUCACCAUCCACAUUGGUGAGAUUCUGCGUCUGAUUCUAUGUCUGAUUUCUGGGUCUGUGCUUCCGCCGUCUGAGAAAUGGGGGGAUGUGAUGGGCAGUCUGUCCCAUAGACCAGGGAUGAGGCUGCAGUGAGGUACCCUUGUGCGUGAAACUGAAGGCUUCACAGGUGUGGGCAUCACAGGGGUGAUGCCCAGGCAAGGGACCCCGUGCUGUGUAUGUGCUGCUGUGAGCCCUCCUGGGUUAUCCUUUGCUCCACUUGUAAAACCACCAGCACUGAGGGCAGGGAAGCCUGGGGGGAGGUGCGGGCUCUGAUGGACACAAGAUUCCAGGUUCUGUCAAGGGAUUCAUUUUGCCCUUGGGGCUAGGGUGGAAGACUUCGUGUGGGUGAUGUCAGCAUCUCCAUGCUACCCCCAUGGGAAUCCACAAAGAUCCGGAACAUUUCCUUUCCCCUGAACUUGAAGUCCUGGGAUGUGUCUGUGCUUGAUCACGUGUGUCUUGUCCUGUGUUCGUCGUCUGUAGCUUUGCCCCUGUGAGGACUGGAGUGGGGCAGCUCCUGGCAUCCCAGACAUGGCUUCAGACUCACUUGUGGGAGUGGCUUCUCCUGGAUGUCAUCUCCCAUGAUAAAGAUAAAACCCACACACCUCACUGCUACCGCUGCUGUCAUUAAUGCUGUGCUCACAACCUUGUCCGGGAUUUUCAAGAUGUCAGACUGCUAUAGAUGACUCAAUAAAUGUCUUAUCAUUUUUCCUUGUGGCUGUAACUUGGAAGAAGG